UUAUUAUUGGUGAAUUUUCGGGUCCGUUUUUUAUCAGUGAAGUGAAUGAAUUCGCUCAUUGUCAGAGAGAUACUCCGUUUUGCCGUCAGUCUGUCCGCGAUGAGAGUGACGGCGGCCGUGCUGCUCUGCUUUGUGUUCUCAGCCGGCGCUCGCGCCAGGGUCACCAGCGAGGUCCGCGCGAUAGUGGUGGAGCCGCUGACUGAGCCCGUGUCGCACGCUGAAGGGCCCCACUGGCAGGCCCCUUAUCUCUACUACCUGGACGUCUUCAGCGGCAGUCCCCUACUGCGGCUGGACACAACCUCGGGCAGAGUUGAACGGUGGACGGUACCCCCCGGAAACGCGCCCGUCGCGCUGGCGGUGCCGAUCGCCGGAGAUGAAGGACGUCUUCUGCUCAGCAGAGGCCGCGAAUUGGUCGAAUUCGACCUCCUAAUCAGUGAAGUGGUCGCCACCUACGGAGUCGCAGACGAGGACAAACCUGGGAACAGAUUCAAUGACGGCAAGGCGGAUCCUGCGGGAAGACUUUGGGCAGGAACUAUGGGACCUGACAACCUGCGCAAUAAAGUGGUUCCUGACCAAGGCAGUCUUUUCCUGUUGGACGCAAACGGUUUGACAGCCAAAGUCUCCGAGGUAGAUAUAAGCAAUGGCAUAGCUUGGAAUUCUGGUCACAACUUAAUGUACUACAUCGACACUCCCACCGGCAAAGUCGACGUUUUCGACUACGAUCUCGCCACGGCCUCGAUAACCAAUCGCAGAACGGUGAUAGAUUUUGUUGCGCAAAAUGUGACUUGCGAGCCAGACGGAAUGACCAUCGACGCUGAUGACUUCCUCUGGGUGGCCUGCUGGAACGGAUGGCAGGUCGUCAGGGUCGACCCUGCGCUAGGACAGGUGGUCAGCCAGGUCUCUCUGCCCGUGCAGUACGUGACGUCAGUGAGCUGGGGAGGAGACAACUUUGACGACCUGUAUGUGACUUCCUCGAAAGGAGGUCUCACCCCCGAGGAAAUUCUGCUGCAACCCUAUGCAGGGAGCGUCUUUAAGGUCUCCGGCCUGGGAGUCAACGGUGUGCCAAGCCAUUUAAUUACACGGCCAUUCUGAAAAACUUUAAAAUAAAAAAAUUUGUUUAA